AUGUGGCCUUAUUUUUUAUAUCAAAUCUCGUUUACAAUUAUUUGUUACUUUUUACAAGUAUGUUUAUCAAUUAAUUUGACAACAACUUAUUGGGAUUUGGAUUUAUUACAAUAUCCAAUGGUUCUACUUCUCAAACCAUUAUUCGGUGGUAAUUCUAUUGUUUUUGUUACAAGUUGGUUUAUAACAGAUUUGUGGCUUAUACUAAUCUUUAUGCAAUUUAUCUACAAUAACAAGAGUAAUGAUAAGAAAAUUGAUUUUGUUUAUUUUGUUUGCUUUUUGUUAAUAACAUUAGUUAAUAUUAAGUGGUCAUAUACAUCACCUCGUCCUACAACACUACAAAAUACUUUCAAUUAUCUUCAACAUAGUCUAUUUAAGCGUAUUUUUAUUCGAACGUCAUUUAGUUUAUUAUUUCUUUUUUGUGGAAUAAUUUACCGUGCACAUAUUGAAAAAUAUCAGAAAUUAUUAUUUACAGGAAUAAAUUUUUGUUUAGCAUUUAUUAUUAUAUGUCAGUUGGACUAUUAUCAUAACAAUAAUAUUUACUUUCACCAUUUCAAUGCUGAAUUUUCAUCUGCACCAAUUUGGUUACCUAUUUUAACAUCUAUUAUUGGCAUCUAUAUGUUUAUGUUUCUUGCAAAAUGUGUCUCAAAACAUAUUGAUGAUAAUGAUAUUUUACUUAAGAUUGCAGUGUACAUAACCCGUCUUGUUCAUAUCUAUUUUCGACUAUAUUUAUCGGCUACCUCUCAUCCGACAUUGAAUGAUGUUUUACCAUCACCAGCAACUGAAUUUGAUUAUCCGUUGGUCGCUGUUCAAUUGCCAAUGAUGAAUGAAAUCGAGUGUUGUAAAUCCAUCAUUGAAUGCGCCUGCAAUCUAGAAUGGCCGAGAAAUCGACUUUUCAUUCAAGUAGUAGACGAUUCGACCAAUGAUGAAGCAAAAGCGAUUGUUGACGAAUGUGUGCAAAACUGGAUCUAUCGAGGAGUGCAAAUAGGUAUUUCUCGACGAAUACAUCGACAAGGAUUCAAAGCGGGAGGUCUUAUCAAUGGUAGGUCGUUUAUUCCUGAAGCUGAAUACAUAGUUUUAUUCGACGCUGAUUUUUUACCGACUAAAGAUUAUCUGUUAAGAACACUGCCUAUUCUGAUUCAUGAUUCAAAUGUUGCAUUUGUGCAAGCUCGAUGGACAUACACUAAUGCUAAAGAAUCGUUUUUAACUCGUGUACAAGAAAUUAAUCUCAAUUUUCACCACAAAUGCGAACAAGAGGGCAGAUCUCGUGCUUCACUAUUUGUUACUUUCAAUGGUACGGGUGGCGUUUGGCGAGCAUCGGCCAUUGAACAAGCUGGUGGAUGGCAUACGGAUACGGUUGUCGAAGAUUUAGACUUAGCAUUGCGAGCUCAUUUAAACGGUUGGCGUGCGCAUCAUCAUCAAUCAAUAUUAAAAACACCAUCAAAUCGUACUAUUCAUGUUAAUAUUCGAUCAACAAAUAAUAAAUCUAUCAAUCGAUAUACAAGUUUACAUUCAACACCUAUUGCUAACUACAAAAUGUAUCAUUAUCGAGAUGAUGUACAAAAGACAAGAAAUAAUCGAACAUUUCAACAGCAUUCAAAAAAUAUUUUAGAUUUUUCUAAUCCAUAUUUUAUCAAAGUUAAUGAUUCAACAAAAAAUUCUCAACAAUAUAUGAAUUUAUCAACAAACUCUGAUAAUAUGGAGAAUUAUUCACAGUCAAUUAUUGUAAAAACUAAAAUUCAUCGAAAACAAUUGAUCUUAAAGUUUACUCGAGUAGCUAUACUUCGAUGGAAUCAAACAGGUAUUACUGUAGCAGUGGGUGCUUCACACGGUACAACAAUAUGUGGAAAUGGAACACGUGCUUCAUCUUUAAAUCAAUUGGCAUUUCCUUCACAGGUGCUGGUUGACUCCAAUGGAAAUAUUCGUGUGGCAGAUUUAGGAAAUCAUCGAAUUUUAUUCUAUAAUGGUACAUCAACGGGAAUUCUCAUUGGAAGUACUGGUGGUUACGGUGUUUUAAACAAUCAAUCUAGAAAUCCUUACGGUAUUGAAUAUGAUUCUGCUUUCGAUACACUUUACAUAGCAGACUAUUCAAAUCAUAGAAUCAUGUGUUAUGUAUCGGGAGCAUCAUCAAGUUCUUUGGUUGCUGGCAAUGGUACAUUGGGAAUUGGUAUCACACAAUUAGAAUACCCUGUUCGUGUUUAUCUUGAUUCAUUCACAAACAAUCUUAUCAUUGUCAAUCAUAUAGCUAAUAAUAUUGUUUGUUGGCCAUUAGGUGACAGUAGUUGGACACUGGUCGCUGGUGACAUCAAUGGAAAUGCCGGAAAUAAUGCAACUACAUUAAAUCAUCCAACAGAUGUGAUUUUAGAUCCUAUGGGUAACAUGUAUGUUGCUGAUAGAGAAAAUCAUCGAAUACAAUUAUUUAUGUAUGGACAAACAGAAGGAAUAACAAUUGCUGGAGUAACAAGUGUUAAUGGUAGUAAUUCUACAUUGUUUAAUAAACCUUGGUCAGUAGAACUUGAUAGUCAACUUAAUUUAUAUGUUGCUGAUUCAUAUAAUCAUAGAAUGCAAAAGUUUCUACGAUAUUGA